AUGCCGACCCGCGAGGAAGCCGAGGCACGCUCUCGCUUACUUCUGCUCUUUCAAGUUGCUGACUUCUGUUUUCAGUUCGAAUGGGAGCCUGCUCACGAAGCUCGCUUGGACUACGCGCGGUCGCUAGAAGAAGGCGUGUACGACGCUCAACCCCUGCGCGUCAACGUCGACUACGCGACCUUAGUCGAGCUCGCUGUACGUCGCGGUGAUUCCAUUGGAUACGGCGUCCCUGCUUUCGCUGUCAGUGGCGAAGAAGACCUGGUCUCAGAAGCUUCGCUAUCACCUCCGCCUUCCCCACGUACGUGUCGCCUUUGCGCUAAGCCAAGCGUCCUCGGCCUCAUGCAGACGACAGUUACGCCGCUUUCCGAAGAAGAAGCAUCGGGCUUCGACGCCGAGGUCUCAGCGGAGAGGAUCGCGGCGGCCAUCGAGGUCGUCGUGCGAGAGCGGGCGCGGCGUGGAGAACAAGCGCGGGAGCCGUCCAGCUACGAGCGCGGACCGCGCCAAGGCGGUCGUCAGCACGGCGCAGCGAAGAAGUCAGCGGCGCGUAAUAACGGGCAGACACGCUCUCCCGGAGUCAAUCGCCGCUCCCAGGCUGGUUCCAGGGCGCGCAAGAAGAGACGCAAGGAGGAGGAGAAUGCGCGCUUGGCCGACCGCCCUUACGACAGAGUUCACGAAGCCGGCUACCAUCGCCACAGGUUUCCUGUCUUUUUCGUGUCGCUGAAGUCGCUACGGGUGGUAUACGAGACCGUGUCGUCCGGUUAUACAGCGAAGCGACCUCAUACUAAGGUCCGCAAUCGCCUGUGGACGGACGAAGAUCUUCGCCGCGUCGGCUCAGUCCAUUUCCCUUGGACCGGCGAGGCGUCCGUGGCGAUUAUAGACUCGAGACACAUCUGCGUAGGCGUCUUGGUCGCACCCCCGAAGGGAGAGUCGUUCCAGAACAGCGGUCGCGCGAUGGCUGAUCUCAUCGAGUCUCAACGCGUUCAGCAUCCGCGGGGUUGGGCUCGCACGCUUGGCAAGAAACGCGGUGAUUUCCCGUCUCUGUCGGUGGGGAUUAAUUACAACUUCAGCGAAGCGCGCCCGAAGAAUCUGUCGUUGAGCAAAGAACAAGAGGCCGUGGCAAAGGCGCUUCUUGAGAGCCCUGACGGGCGACGCGUCGCCGGGCAUAUGAGCGAGUCAUUCGCUCAUUACUUCCCCUUCGCGUACGAGCACGCCUGCGACCGCAUGCGGGAACUGCACGCCUUGCUCCCCGAUUUGAAGUUCCCUUACCCGAACUGCGUCUACCCUACAGUGACAUUCAACGGCGGGCCUCAGACGGCUACCCAUGAACACGCCGACAUCACCAAUAACCCUGGCACGCCUUGCAUGGUCUUUGCCUGCGGCGAUUACCUCAAGGAGCACGCGCGCUUUAUCUUCCACGACUUUGGCCUGCACGUCGAUUUGCCGCCCAACUGCGGCGUCCUACUCUCCUCCGCCUCGGUACGCCACAGCAACACGGCCUUAGCGGAGGGAGAGACCCGUUACAGCAUAGCCAUGUAUAUGCCAGGGGCGCUCAUUCGAUACGCGGCUUACGGCGGCAACGUCGGCGAGGUCUCCGGCGCGCAACGAGCCCACCUCGACGAGCUUCAUAAGGAAACCUGGCGUCAUCAACACUCCAGGUUGUCGGGCUUCUGGCGCCUCCCCCAGGAUCGUGAGAAGGUUCGAGCGAAUGAGCAGGCGCGUGCCAGGGCGCAGAGGAGCGUAUGA